GGUCGGGAGUUGCGCGGUGCUGGGCGGUGCUGCGCGGUGCGAUGGGCGUCUGGGGCUGGCCCUGGCCCCUCCCGUCCCGGCUGGCCCCGUGGGCUCCGGCCCGGCCCCCCUGGCUGCUCCUGGCGGCGCUGGGGGCGGUGGCGGUGGCCCUGGGGGCGCUGGGGGCCCUGGGGGCGGUGGGGUCGUCGAGGCUGGGCGGCCGGGGCUGGCGGGGCCGGCGGUCCCGGCGUUGCCGGCGGCAGGUGGGCGCGGUGUCGGAGCUGUGGAUCUACCCCAUCAAGUCCUGCAAGGGGGUGGCGGUGCCCGAGGCCCAGUGCACCGAGCUGGGGCUCCGGGCCGGACCCCUCCGGGACAGGUUCUGGCUCGUGGUCAAGGAAGAUGGGCACAUGGUCACAGCCCGACAGGAGCCUCGCCUAGUGCUGAUCUCCAUCACGUGUGAGAAUGACCACUUGGUCCUCCAUGCUCCAGGGAGGAAGGACCUAUCCCUGCCGACCAAACUGCCUGCAACCAACACCGUUCUCGACUGCAGGGUGUUUAGCUCAGACAUCCAGGGCAGGGACUGUGGACCCGAAGUAGCUCAGUGGAUCUCAGGCUACCUGGGCGAAGAUGGGUACCGGCUGGUACAGUUCGAGCCUCAUAUGCUGCCCAGGCGGUCUAAAGACGUUGUGGCCGAACUUGUCACCGAUUACCAGGUGGCCUAUCCAGACUGCAGCCCCAUCAAUGUCCUCUCUGAGGCAUCGUUGGCCGAUCUCAACAGCAGGCUUGAGAAGAGGGUGUCAGUGAGCAACUUCAGGCCCAGCAUUGUGGUGACAGGUUGCAGCGCCUUUGAGGAGGACUCCUGGGAUGAGCUCAUCAUUGGCAGCGUGGAAAUGAGCAAGGUCAUGUCCUGCCCCAGAUGUAUUUUAACUACUGUGGACCCAGACACUGGCAUCAUUAGCAGGAAGGAGCCACUGGAAACCUUGAAGAGCUACCGCCUGUGUGAUCCCUCUGAGAGGCACAUAUACAAGUCAUCCCCACUCUUUGGGGUGUAUUUUUCAGUGGAAAAAAUCGGAAGCCUGAAAGUCGGAGACCCUGUAUACGUGUUAGUGUAAGCAUUGGAAAAUGUAGUAUGGAAAGAGCCCUGGGAUAAAUCUGAUGAGAAAAACUUGCCCCCAGCUCACAGAACUAUGAAAUAGUAUUUGUGUAUUGUUUUGUUUUCCAAUUUCUGUGUCUUGCUUUUUCUUAGACCUCAGGAGGAGGAACUUUCCCGGAUUUUAUUUGAGGAGUGGCAAAAAUAGUUUCCAUUUCUGUUGUCUGCUGGCAUCUCCCAGCAUUUAGUACAGUGCUUGGCAUAUAAUAAUCAUUUAGCACAUAUCACAGUUAUUAUUGAUUGGAGUCCACUCCCCCUUAAGCCCACUUGUUUCACUUAUCCCCCUGAGGUUCGUGGUUUCUGUCCUUCCCUCCCAUAUCUCUCUCUGUCUCAUUCUCACUGCUAACUACAACCCCACUUACCCCAUCCCCAGCCCUUGCCUCUCUGCCUGUCCCUGCUCCACUUUCUUCCCCCUCCACACCAGCUUCUAUCUUAUUCUCUCCCUUUCCCCAGCCAGUCUUUUAGUAACCCCAGAACCUAUCUUUAGUGAGAUUUUCCUCAGAAGCAUGACACACACAGCGCCGGGCCCCAUGGCUCACUGCUUUAACUGAUGAAGUAAGGUCUGAGGCUGUAGUGGCUCAUAGUUAGGGAAAGCCAGGGCCAUGGACGAAUACUGACUAACGUUUUUUUAGCAUGGGCCCACUA